AUGGGCUGGAUGAACCGAAAGUCUCAACCUGGCACGCGGGACAAUCUCAUUGCCGUUCAAAUCGACUGGAGCAACACAAAGGACGUACCGUCCGUCGACUUUGUCGAAGACCCAUCCGACCCCAAAUCCUUCAAACGAGCGUCAAUGCACAUUUCAGACGAUGAAUUGCCUCUCAUAGACGCAUCUAUUGUCUUAGCAGCCGGCAAAGUUAACCUCUUAUGGGUCGUCAUUGAUGAUAUUGUCUACGACUGCACAGAUUUUGUGGAAGAGCACCCUGGAGGGUCUCGAGUCCUUGAGUCCUUUCGAAGCGGCAAUUGCAGUUGGCAGUUUUGGAGAUUUCAUGGGGAAAAGGAGCUGGAGGAGGUUGGACGACCUCUUCGGAUAGGGCGGACAGCGGGGAUAGACAACAAGUUCAAGGAGCCGCCGAGAUUUGUUGGCUUGAGAAAGCUGUGGGGGGAUGACUGA